AGAGCAGGGAGGACGUUGAUUAGAUACAAGAGAAUUAAGAAGCAGGCAGGACAUGUAUGUAACAGAUUACAAAGCAGGAGGCUAAAAAGCAAGCAGGACGUGUAUGGGACAGCAAAGGGGUGAAAAGCAGCAAGGACGUAUACGAGAAAGCAGGGGGGAUUUAUAUGGGACAGCAGACAACUGAGAGACCGGGAGAACCUUUACGAGAGAGCAAAGGACUGAAAAGACACAGACAGGAGGACAGUAAGGACAUCUGGUACCAAGGGAAAGGUGUUAUGGAGACUUGCAGAUAUGCAGAUAAGCUAAAACAGCAGGACUGAAAGCUGCAGUUGAUUAGCAGGCAGGAGGAAAGAUGACGGAACGCUAUGACUGCCACUACUGUAAGGAAUCCCUGUUUGGGAAGAAAUAUGUUCUCCGUGAGGAGAAUCCUUACUGUGUGAAGUGCUACGAGAGCCUCUACUCCAACACCUGUGAAGAGUGCAAGAAACCUAUUGGAUGCAACAGCAGGGACCUCUCUUAUAAGGACCGACACUGGCAUGAGGAAUGUUUCCACUGCUUCCAGUGCAAGCGCUCACUGGUGGACAAGGCUUUUUCCACCAAGGAUGAGCAGCUGCUGUGUACUGAGUGUUACUCCAAUGAGUACUCUUCCAAAUGCCACGAGUGUAAGAAGACCAUCAUGCCUGGCUCCAGGAAGAUGGAACAUAAGGGCAAUAGCUGGCAUGAGACAUGUUUUACCUGUAAGCGCUGCCAGCAGCCCAUCGGUACCAAGAGCUUUAUCCCCAAGGAGAACAACAAUUACUGUGUGCCCUGCUACGAGAAGCAGUUUGCCAUGCAGUGUGUUCAUUGCAAAAAGCCCAUCACCACUGGAGGGGUGACCUACCAUGAUCAGCCAUGGCAUAAGGACUGCUUCCUGUGCACUGGCUGCAAGCAGCAGCUCUCUGGCCAGCGUUUCACUUCUCGUGAUGACUUUGCCUACUGCCUGAACUGCUUCUGUAACCUGUAUGCCAAGAAGUGCGCUUCCUGCACCUCACCCAUCAGUGGACUUGGUGGGAGUAAGUACAUCUCUUUUGAGGAGCGCCAGUGGCACAACGACUGUUUCAACUGCAAGAAGUGCUCGGUGUCUCUCGUGGGCCGAGGUUUCCUGACCGAGAGAGAUGACAUCCUGUGCCCCGAGUGUGGCAAAGACAUCUGAGAUGGAUCUAACAUCCACAUGACUGAAAAAGCAAGGAACUACCAUAUAAGAACACAAACAAAAUCUAAUCAUAGCAGAACAUCAAGAGUAUGAUAUUGUACCAUCUCAAUUUAGCAGAAAUGUACACUUAAGAAUGAAAAACUAUAGGAAUAUAUGAAGUUUUAUGUUAAUAAACUAACCUAUUUGAAUUUAGGUCUAUAAUACUGAGCAUUUAUUCACACACAGCAUGGUCACGUUGUAAACUAACACA